UUGAAACUUGAAGACCGAUCGAUAGUCAUCAGAGACAUCGUGCGACGAAAGAAUUCCAACGACAACCAGUGUGGCAUCGUCACCAACAUCGACAUCGAGUGUGCGGUGAAACUGGUGGGAACAAACUGCGUUCUGUAUCCAGUGAACAGCAGAGACCUGCAGCACAUCUGGUCCUUCAUGUACGGCGACUACAUCGCCUACGACUUCUGGCUGGGGAAAGUUUACGACCUGACCAAUCACAUCAUACUCAAGCUCUCCAACGGAGCCAGGUGCUCCAUGAGCGUGGAGGACGGUGCCAAGCUUUACGACGUCUGCCCACAUGUCAGUGAUUCGGGUCUGUUCUUCGAUGAGGCGUACGGUUUCUACCCGGGUCAGGUCCUGAUCGGACCAGCCAAAGUCUUCUCUAAUGUACAGUGGCUGUCAGGGGUCAAACCUGUCCUCAGCAGGAAGUGCAAGUUCAGGUUGGUGGUUGAAGAGGUCAAAGUGGUGGAGCUGAAGGUGACGUGGAUCACUAAGAGCUACUCGCCCAAAGGUUCUGACAGCGUCUAUCCCCCUCCCUCCACCAUCACGCAGGAAAACCUCUGCAGGGUGAGGCGUCUCGGAUACUACGACCACACCCAGAGGCAGCUGGGAGAGCGGGCUCUUUAUAUUUUCCCUGCCAAGGGGGACGCCACGCGCAUCACCUGUGAAGGACCCGAGGGGGCCCCGGUCCUGCCUGAGGACCCCGUGGCAAGAAAGUUAAAAAGGAUGUUCAAGAAGGACGCGGGGAAGAAGACGGAAAACGCAGACACACAAGGCGAGCACAAACCGGAGCAGACGGACUCAUCUCAUCCCAAAAACAACGGUCCCGUGGUGCCCAACCAGAACCCUCAGGACCCCCAAAACGCCAACGACAACUCGGCCGAACACGGAGAGCAGGACGCCGACGACGAGGCCGCGGAGGACACUGACGACACCAGCUCUCUGACGUCCUCGGCCAGCUCCACGGCGUCCUCGCAGAGCGGCGGUCUGGGCGCCAACCGUAAGAAGAGCAUCCCGCUGUCCAUCCGUAAUCUGAAGCGGAAACACAAGAAGAAGAGGACGAAGUUCUCGCGCGAGUUCAAGCCCGGAGACCGGGUGGCAGUGGAGGUCGUCUCCACAAAGACCACGGCGGAUGUGAUGUGGAAGGACGGUCGGGUGGAGAAGGGGAUCCGAUCAAACGACCUCAUCCCCAUCCAGCACCUCGACAGCCACGAGUUUUGUCCGGGGGACUUCGUAGUCGACAAAAGACCCCAAGCCCUCCAGGACCCGGUCUACGGUGUGAUCCAGUCUGGUGACCACAAAGGCAGAACGUGCGUCGUCAAGUGGAUCAAACUGAACUCGAGCAGCGACGACGUCGAGGUCAUCGGUAUGGAGGAGGACGUCAGCGUGUACGACAUCGCAGAUCAUCCAGAUUUUCACUUCCGCACAACCGACAUCGUCAUCAGAAUAUGGAACUCGGAGACCGGCCAGAACGACUGCGAAAACGAGACGUCCGUGGGUCAGGUGUCCCGGGUGGACGUGAGCAGCAAAGUGGAGGUGGUGUGGGCGGAUAACUCCAUGACCAUCGUCCUGCCGCAGCACCUCUACAACGUGGAGUCUGAGAUCGAGGAGACGGACUACGACUCGGUGGAGGAGACGAGCAGCGUGCUGUCCACCGAGGAGUGGAAGGACGAGAGCGACAGCUGGGAGACGGACAACGGCCUCACCACCGAGGAAGACAGCCACGCCGCCAUCAACGCCGAGGUCGUCGACGCCACGACCCCGACGCCCACGCCCACCGGAUGCUCGUCGUUCAUCAUCCCGCCUGCAGAGGCCCAAGUCACCAGCCCAAUGAGAGGCGGGGUGAGGAGGAGGGGGAGGGGUCUGUGGCCUGCUGCUAGUCCUGCUUCAGGAGGAGGUGAAACUACUCCCGGCACGCGUGAACCGGAGCGGAGAGAAGCCCGCGGUUAAGGACGCGCGCCCUCUCGGGCUUUCAGGGAGUUGAAGGAGGCCUUGAAGAUCCUGGAGAGCCUGAAGAACAUGACCGUGGAGCAGCUCUGGACCGGGGGCUCUCCGACCUCGCCGACCUCCGCCGAGCCCGCCUCGACGGCUCACGUGGCGCCCUCCUCGGUGACACCGACGGCGCCCGAGAAACCCACCAAGGAGAAGCGCUUCCUGGACGACAUCAAGAAGCUGCAGGAGAACCUGAGGAAGACGCUGGACAACGUGGCCAUCGUGGAGGAGGAGAAGAUGGAGGCGGUGGUGGAGGCCGGGGUCAGCGGAGGGGCGGGGACGGAAGUAGAGAGAGCUGGAGAGGAGAAGCCUCAGCCCGAGCUGCAGACUCCAGUGGGAGGACCGGAGUGGCCCAGCGAGUUUCUCAGCGACACGCCCGUACUGUGCCAACAGAGCGGCGGGAAACCCGGCGUCACCUUCACCAGCGCCAAGGGAGAGGUGUUCUCUGUGCUGGACUGGGCUCCAGACACACACUCGUUUAAGAAAAUGGAGUUCCAGCCGGCCGAGGCGAAGAAGUUUUUCAGCACAGUGAGGAAGGAGAUGGCUCUGCUGGCGACGUCUCUGCCCGACGGCAUCAUGGUCAAAACAUUUGAAGACCGCAUGGACCUGUUCUCGGCUCUGAUCAAAGGGCCGACCCGCACGCCCUACGAGGACGGCCUCUUCCUGUUUGACAUCCAGCUGCCCAACAUCUACCCGUCUGUGCCGCCGCUGUUCCGCUACCUGUCGCAGUGCAGCGGCCGCCUCAACCCCAACCUCUACGACAACGGCAAAGUGUGCGUCAGCCUGCUGGGCACCUGGAUCGGCAAGGGCACCGAGAGAUGGACCAGCAAGUCCAGCCUGCUGCAAGUCCUUAUUUCCAUACAAGGCCUCAUCCUGGUCAACGAGCCGUACUACAACGAGGCGGGCUUCGACAGCGACCGCGGCCUGCAGGAGGGCUACGAGAACAGCCGCUGCUACAACGAGAUGGCCCUGAUCAAGAUGGUCCAGUCCAUGACGACCCUCCUGCAGAACCCCGUGGAGUUCUUCAGGCAGGAGAUCCAGGAGCACUUCGCCUCUAACGGCUGGCGCCUCGUCCACCGGCUGGACGUCUGGCUCGAGCUGAACGAGGCCGCCGAGAGGAGCCACGCCGCCCACGUGACCUACAGACACUCGAAGGAGCGUCUGGACGAGCCCGUGGCGGUGGCCCACAGCAGCCCCAGCAAGCCCGGGGAGGAGGGCGGGGUCACGGGGGUCAGCAGUAUUAUCGAGGAAGACCUGGAGGACUCAGGUCUGAGCCCGUCCACUGUGGCGCCGCCGCAGCAGGACCUGAGCCAGAACUCAGACUGCGACAGCACCCAGGGGAGCGCCACGCUGCCCGGCGCUGUGGUCCGCGGCGGGACGUCAGAAUCAUCAGGUGCGGUCAGCGGUGGAGGGGCGGUCUCGGCGGCGAGCCAGCCCGUGGUGCGACCAAAGAAACGGAGAAAGAGCUACAGGAGCUUCCUCCCCGAGGGCAGCGGCUACCCGGACAUCGGCUUCCCGCUCUUCCCGCUCUCUAAGGGUUUCGUGAAGAGCGUGCGAGGCGUGCUGCUGCAAUACCGAGCUGCGCUGGCCGCCGCCGGCAUCGCCGAGCACAUAGAGGACAAUGAAUCUGCAGACGAGUGUGAUGCAUAAAGAGGGAGGGGGACGCAAGCAGGUAAACACAAAGGAGGUCAAAGGUCAGGACUCUGACAGAGGAGGAGAGAUCUUCACCUGCAGACUCGUUACCGUGGAGGUCAAAGACGGCUGAAUAAACGACGACCUCUCGACCUCUCGACUGAUCUAUGUGUAGCACUACUGAAACUUACCGCUGUAACCAUCCUGCACUACAACGAGGACACUCUGACCCCGGGAGGGGGAGGGGGGCGGGGCGUCGGGGAAAACGCCCCCGACCAGGACGGUUUGUUUAUAGUAGAAGAAGAAGUCACUGGUUGUUAAAACGCUUUCUGCCAAAUCCUCUCUGUCCUCACACACACACACACACACACACACACACACACACACACACACACACACACACACACAUGUUUAAGUAGAGCGUACUGAAUGUCAGAUAAACUGCCAAACACCACGACCGCUUCAACACUUCUUCCACUGCACUCGUCUCCGUCGGUCACGCUGAAACACGGAGCGACCACGUUUACAUCUCCAUCGCCUCCGGAGGUCAGAGCGCCGCAGCAGCGGGCGUGUGACGGCGUGUGAUGUGUGGAGUUCACUUCCUGUAGAGUUUAGUAACAGCGGGAUGGGAACUCAUGCUUUUGGUGUAUUGAUGCGUUUCAGCACGGGAUUCAAACCCGCCAUGCUCCACUUUUUUCUCACUGCGAACGACAAAAAUUAAAUGAUAAAGAAAAAAAAA